AUGAACGAGUCUAUUGAUCGUGCACACCAGAACUCGCACGAUUGGUCGUCUUUCUAUCGAAGUCACAGAGCCUACUCGACAGGACUGAGUGAACUUCAUGGAGAUAUUUUGAGCGUUUUCGAGAAAGAACGAUUCCGACGUGUAUCGCGAACCUGGAAUGAUGUAUUCUCAAGAAAUAUGCCAAGUAUUCGGAUUUAUAAUAUAUCACUAUUCGAUGAAUUCAUCGACAUCACGUUCAAAAGGACGGACAAAGGGGAAUUUCGUUUCUAUUUCGACGAAGACUCACUUCGUGACGGUAACACGAAUCACUUUCCCUUCGAAUGCCUCAAAUCAUUUGCUCGUCAUAUUGCCGUUGUGGACAUGUUAAUGGUUGGACUGGAUUCGAAAUUCGAUGCAUUAUCUCGGCUGGAUACCAUUCUGCAAUUGUUCGCAGGAUUGAAAGGCAAAAAACAACGUUCAGUUAACGAACUCGCAAUAUGGCUUGUUCAAGAUAUCGAAAAAUCAAAGUCACAACUCUCCAUUAUAUCAGUUUUCGCCGAUUCAUGCACCAAAAUCACGGUAUUGUCCGCUUGA